AUGAACAGCUUCGUUAACGACAUCUCCAUACGUAUUGCCUCCGAAGUUUCCCAUUUCGCUCAUUACAACAAGCGAUCUACCAUCACUUCUCGGGAAAUCCCAACUGCAGUUAGGCUGUUACUCCCUGGUGAGCUGGCUAAGCACGCCGUCUCUGAGGGAACCAAGGCUGUUACCAAAUACGCGAGCUUGAAGUAA